GGCUCCGCUCCGCUCGGCACCGCUCGGCACCCCUCGGCACCGCUCGGCUGCGGGCGGCUCCCGCUGCUGCAGCCGCUGCGGGGCCACUCGUGCUCGGAGUACCUGCGACACAACUGGGCUAUUCUUUAACUGUGCGAGAAGUAUUCCCUUCACGCAAGCUCCCUGCUGGCUUUCUGCAUCCGUAAUUUCUCGGAGCCGUUCUUCCCCUCCUUCUUCUUUUUCCCUUUCUCCCCCAUUUUUCCUUCUUCUAUUUUUUUUUUCUUUUCCCGCUCGUUGUUCGCCCCCCUCCCAAUGUGUGCUGCCUCAAUAGCCCUCAUUAUGCUGUGCUCAGUGGCCCGGUGUGUUCCCCGCCUCUGCUAGGCAGUGGCAGCAUGGAUGGUGCUCUUGUGACGACCUCUGCUGAUGCUAUCAGUCCACUGCGGAUAGGCAUGCUGAGUAAUCCUGCUGUAAAUGGGCGAGGACACGGACACACGGAAAAUUAACCACAGCUUUCUGCGAGACCACAACUAUGUGACUGAAGGGAAAGCUAUAAGGAAGCUUGUGCGCAAGGCGACUCUGGUGGCAUCUAGAAUCCUCAGAUUUCCUUGACUGAAUCCAUCUGGGUUUAGCCCUAAAUAUAGUAGACAAGCUGCACUGCUUGCACUGAUAAAUUAUAUCUUCCAAAUGAUAGACCAAGCUGAUAUUAUUUCUACAGUUGAGUUCAACCACACUGGAGAACUGCUGGCUACUGGUGACAAGGGGGGCCGAGUGGUUAUAUUCCAAAGGGAGCCUGAGAGUAAAAAUGAGCCUUACAAUCAGGGGGAAUACAAUGUUUACAGCACUUUCCAGAGCCAUGAACCUGAAUUUGAUUAUUUGAAGAGUUUGGAGAUAGAGGAAAAAAUAAACAAGAUCAAGUGGUUACCACAGCAAAAUGCAGCUCAUUCACUUCUAUCAACAAAUGAUAAAACAAUCAAAUUGUGGAAAAUUACUGAAAGAGAUAAGAGACCGGAGGGGUACAACUUAAAAGAUGAAGAAGGAAAGCUUAAAGAUCUUUCUACAGUAACAUCACUGCAGGUGCCUGUAUUGAAACCCAUGGAUUUGAUGGUAGAAGUCACUCCCAGGAGAAUCUUUGCUAAUGGUCACACCUAUCAUGUCAACUCAAUAUCUGUCAACAGUGACUGUGAGACGUACAUGUCAGCGGAUGAUCUCAGGAUUAACCUCUGGCAUUUAGCCAUCACAGACAGGAGCUUCAACAUUGUAGAUAUAAAGCCAGCCAAUAUGGAGGACCUGACAGAAGUGAUUACAGCCUCUGAGUUCCAUCCCCACCACUGCAACCUCUUUGUCUACAGCAGCAGCAAAGGAUCCCUGAGACUCUGCGACAUGAGGGCAUCAGCCCUCUGUGACAAACAUUCCAAGCUUUAUGAAGAACCAGAAGACCCCAGUAACAGAUCAUUUUUUUCAGAAAUUAUCUCUUCAGUGUCAGAUGUCAAAUUCAGUCACAGUGGUAGAUACAUGCUUACAAGAGAUUACCUCACUGUCAAGGUUUGGGAUCUGAACAUGGAAACAAAGCCUGUAGAAACAUACCAGGUCCAUGAUUACCUAAGAAGCAAGUUAUGUUCCCUCUAUGAAAACGACUGCAUCUUUGACAAGUUUGAAUGUGCAUGGAAUGGAUCAGACAGUGUGAUAAUGACAGGUGCAUACAACAACUUCUUCCGAAUGUUUGACCGCAACACCAAGCGGGACGUGACCCUGGAGGCCUCCCGGGAGAGCAGCAAACCACGAGCCAUCCUCAAGCCCCGCAGAGUCUGCGUGGGAGGCAAGAGGAGGAAAGAUGACAUCAGUGUUGACAGUUUGGACUUUACUAAGAAGAUCUUGCACACAGCAUGGCACCCAACCGAGAACAUCAUUGCUAUAGCAGCGACAAACAAUCUGUACAUAUUUCAGGAUAAAGUGAACUCAGAAAUGCACUAGAUUUAUCAAUAUCCCUCUAUAUUUACAAACCAGCCUCUUGAGAGUUGUAGAAGGAUGUGAUCUUCACAAAAAUUGUGGCUUCUGUGGUGGGAUUUGUAGGUUGCAUCCUUUCAUCCCUCAGCCUGUAUCAUUAUUGGUGGCAAGCCAAUUCUUUUCCAUCACUGCAACUGUAUGAGUAAAAGGCACGAGUGCAAAUCCA